UUGUUACAUAACUAUCUAGUCGGAUGGCCACCAUAUCUUUGAGUCAUGGGUCAACUAGUCUUCACCAUCCGGACAAUAGCUCGGUGGUUGAAAAGAUCGGUCGGUUGAUACAGGUUCACAAAGAUGGCUACGUUGAAAGACCUCCAAUUGUGCCACAUGCUACAUGCAUGGUACCCUCAGGGCUCCAUGUUGAAGCUACAGAUGUUAUGAUAAACAAGUUUACUAAUUUGUGGGUGCGUAUGUAUGCCCCUACCAACAAACAUGUUUCAUCAAAACUUUCGUUGACUGUUUACUUUCAUGGAGGGGGGUUUUGUGUUGGAUCGGCUUCUUGGGCUUGUUACCAUGAUUUUUUGAUAAAUCUUUCGCGGGUGGCGAGCUGUGUCGUUGUAUCGGUUAAUUACCGGCUCGCUCCUGAGAACCAACUCCCGGCUGCCUAUGAUGACGGGUUUGAUGUCAUUAUGUGGCUAAAACAAGAGUCUAUGAAGGGAAUGGUUAAUGAGCUCAAGUGGUGUGAUUAUUCAAGGUUAUAUCUAGCCGGUGACAGUGCUGGUGCGAACAUUGCGCACCAUGUCGCGUCACGGCUAGUGUCUAGACCGGUUAUGUUACCAAAGGGGAUUAUUCUGAUUCAACCCUUUUUCGGGGGAGAAUCGAGAACUGUGUCCGAGAAGCAUUCUACACAAACGAUUAACUCAGCCCUAACGCUAGCAGCUUCUGAUACGUAUUGGCGGCUUGCGCUCCCAGUAGGGUCCACGCGAGACCACCCAUGGUGCAACCCUCUUGCAAAGGGUGCACGAGGAUUGAGUGGUAUGAGGUUUUUCAAGACGUUGGUUUGUGUGGCUGAGUUAGACAUAUUGAGAGAUAGAAACUUGGAGUUCACAAGGGUCUUAGCCAGCGUGGGUGCACCGGUGCAAUCUAUCAUCUAUAAAGACGUUGGACAUGCGUUUCAAGUUUUGCAUAAUUAUCCAAUGGCUCAAACCCGAACCCACGAGAUGAUGACUCAUGUUAAAGCGUUCAUCAACCAUUAGUUUGUGUUAUGAUGGCUCUUAGAAUCCGUAAAUAGAGUUUGGUUCUUCUUUUGUUGUCAACUUGUCAUAUAAAU